CCGGUAGAACAGAAGGACCGAGCAGUGUCAGUCUCCAGACCUGUCUGUCGUCUCCUGUCUGUCUCCAGCUGGCGUUUCUUCUUCCAGCGCUAUCUAGCUUCUCUUUCAACCUUUCCACAGCAGCCAAAUGAGCCAAACAUUAACCUUAGAGAACGACACCUAAUAUAUUUUCUCUCACAGCAAUGGCAGACGAUGAAAUAGACUACAACAUCGUGUUUCCAGAUGCAGGGACGUCUGAGAAGCACUGGCAGGGGACAAAGGAGCCAGUUGUGAUUCUGUUGGGCUGGGCUGGCUGCAAAGACAAACACCUCUCCAAGUACAGCUCCAUCUACAAUGAACAGGGAUGUGUCACCAUCCGCUACACGGCUCCUUUGAAGACUGUCUUCAUCUCCGAGUCGUUUGGCUACAAGGAGCUGAGCAGCACUGCCCUCAAGUUGCUAGAGAUCCUCUACGAUUAUGAGGUGGAAAACAGUCCUAUUUUCUUCCAUGUAUUCAGUAACGGUGGCUUCAUGCUCUACCGGUACAUUGCAGAGCUCUUGCACAAUGACAAACAGUUCAGUUCCCUGUGUGUGAUCGGGGCCCUUGUGGACAGCGCCCCCGGUAGCGGGAAUGUCCGCGGGGCCCUGCGCGCACUGACAGCCACCCUGGGGCCAAAAAUCAGUCCACUUUUAAGGUACGUCCUCCUAGCGCUUUUCGCAGUGACUGUUUUCUUGCUGCGAAUCGUGCUGUAUCCAUUAACCAAGUACAUCCACAAGAACCACUACGAUGCCGUGCAGGAGAGUCCGCCCGCCUGGCCUCAUUUCUACCUUUACUCCAGAGCCGACCAGGUGAUCAGGCACCGGGACAUCGAGCUCUUCGUGGAGACCCUGAAGCUGAAAGACGUCCCAGUGGACAGUUACGAUUUUGUCUCCACCGCCCACGUCAGCCAUUUCCGUGAUUUCCCUGAGCAGUACACUCUGAAGUGCCGCGAUUUCCUGGUCGCUUGCAUGAAGGAAUCAGAAGGGACAGAGAUCAAGAAGAGACACCGGGUGCAGAACCAAUGAAACUUUUAAAGAGUGGCGGUGAAAUUCCGAUGUAAUUUAAACACUAUCCUUGGAGGUCUUUAAAAUGGGGCUGGAAGUUUCGGCAAGAUUUUACGAGAUCACGAUCUUGACCAUGUUUUUCCAUCUCAGUGCACAUAUUGGUUCCAGAGAUGUGGUCAAGGUGCACUGCUCUGGAAAACCAGCCACGUAACACUGUAACCCCCAGUGUGACGGUUGAAGGCCUAACUCUGUCUACUUUUUUGCAUCGAUCAUGUACCACCUGUAAAAAAAAAUAACAACACACACAGCAGCUAUACACUGGAAAAUUUGGACUUCAGUCUUUUAGGGUAAUGUCAAUGGUAUUUAAUAUUGCUGUUAAAUGUGAUACAUUGUAGAUUAGUAGUAGUGAUUCUAAAACUGAUGAGGCUGGAUAUUAAAAAAACAAAACAAAAUAAAAACUGGUGUCUAAUAUUUGAACAUUUAAAAUGUAUUUAUAAUUUUAAUCUCACAAAUUAGUCUUUAAAAUGUGACCACAUGGGUGCUUAUAAUAAAGGCAACUAUCAUGAAGAACUUAAAAUGAUUAAUCACAUAACUAAAAAUCUGUCUUUGGAUGUAAAACUGAUCUAAAAUUGUUGCCUUAAACAGGAAAUGCCUUUUUGAUUUGCUAUUUUGGUCCAUAAAUGGUAAAAUAUCCAGCACUAAUAUGUCAGAGAUUGAUUUAGUUAAAGGAAAAAAAGGUGAUUGACGAUGAAUGUUAAUGUCCAGCACAACUAUUGUGUUAUCUCUCAACUGAUGUGCCUUCAAUAAAUCCGA